CUCCAGGGAGGCUGAGCCGGGAAGUGGGAGAGGGAGCGGAGGAGGCGGAGACUGCCGAGGUUCCAGCCCGGCCGGGCUCCGAGGCGAGGGGCUGCAUGGAGCGGCCGGCUUGGUUCUGCGGGCUGUUGGCACUGUUGCUCUGCGCCGGCGGCGGCGGCGACGCCGCGCCCACAGAAACUCAGCCACCUGUGACAAAUUUGAGUGUCUCUGUUGAAAAUCUGUGCACAAUAAUAUGGACGUGGAAUCCUCCUGAGGGAGCCAGCCCGAAUUGUAGUCUACGGUAUUUUAGUCACUUUGGUGACAAACAGGAUAAGAAGAUUGCUCCAGAAACGCAUCGUUCAAAAGAAGUACCCUUAAAUGAGAAGGUUUGUCUGCAAGUGGGAUCCCAGUGUAGCACCAGUGAAAGUGAGAAGCCUAGCAUUUUGGUGGAAAAGUGCAUUUCACCUCCUGAAGGUGAUCCUGAGUCUGCUGUAACUGAGCUCCAAUGCAUUUGGCACAACCUGAGCAACAUGAAAUGUUCUUGGCUCCCUGGAAGGAAUACAAGUCCUGACACUAACUACACUCUCUACUAUUGGCACAGCAGCUUGGGAAAAAUUCUUCAAUGUGAAAACAUCUAUAGAGAAGGUCAACACAUUGGUUGUUCAUUUGAUCUGACUAAAGUGAAGGAUUCUACUUCUGAACAACAUGGUAUCCAAAUAAUGGUCAAGGAUAAUGCAGGAAAAAUUAGACCAUCUUUCAACGUAGUGCCUUUAACUUCCCAUGUGAAACCUGAUCCUCCACAUAUUAAAAAUCUCUUCUUCCAAAAUGAUAACUUACAUGUGCAGUGGGAGAAUCCACGGAAUUUUACUAGCAGAUGCUUAUCUUAUGAAGUUGAAGUCAAUAACAGUCGAUCUGAGACAUGUGAUAUUUUCUAUGUUGAAGAGGCCAAAUGUCAGGAUUCAGAAUUUGAAAGAAACACGGAGGAUACAAUUUGUUUCAUGGUCCCUGGUGUUCUUCCUGAUACUUUGAAUACAGUCAGAAUAAGAGUCAAAACAAAUAAGUUAUGCUAUGAGGAUGACAAACUCUGGAGUAAUUGGAGUCAAGCAAUGAGUAUAGGAAAGGAGCCCAAUUCUACAUUUUAUAUAACCAUGUUACUCAUCAUUCCUGUCAUCGUCACAGGCGCAAUCAUAAUCCUUCUGCUCUAUCUAAAACGGCUCAAGAUCAUUAUAUUUCCUCCAAUUCCUGAUCCUGGCAAGAUUUUUAAAGAAAUGUUUGGAGACCAGAAUGAUGAGACUCUGCACUGGAAGAAGUAUGACAUCUAUGAGAAGCAAAUCAAAGAAGAAACUGACUCUGUGGUGCUGAUAGAAAAUCUGAAGAAAACCUCUCAGUGAUGUGGAUAAUUUAUUUUUACCUUCAAUGUGACCUUGUGAAGAUUCAUCCCAUUCUCCAAUUGUUAUCUGGGAACGUGUUAAAUAGAAACUGAAACUACUGGACCAUUUAAAUACAGGUGGCACAUAAAGAGCCAAAGGUCUUUAUGUGAAUCAUACACUGAAAAACUAAAAAUGUGGACCCUUUGGAGAAGAGAGUAGAGUCAUUCCAUUGAAAUACAAAAGCAGACAUUCUUUUCAAAGGCUUCAAACUAAGGGACAAAGCAAAAAGUUAUGAUCAUAGUAGAGUUAAUCUUAUAUCGAGAGUUGGGAUAGGAUCUUUGCUUCCUUCGUAUUCUUUGGGUCAAACAACAACAAUUUUAUUUGUGGGGGAAUCUGACUUUGUGUGCAAAUACUAAUGCAAACCUCAAGUCACAGAGAGCAUCUGAAAAGCAAAAUUGGAAAAAUCUGGUAUCUAUUGUUUGGGCUCCUACUGUGAUUGUUCAAAGCCAUUGCAGGCUUGUAAGGGCAGUGGGCAGCAUGACUCCUUAGCUAUUAAGCCUUUGAACCAUGAAGUCUCUAAGGAUAUGUUUUGUUUUUCAUCACCUAUCGUACUCAAAGUAAGCAUUUACUAUGAGGCUAGCUUGUGCUAGGCCCCAGGGGUGAGGCACAACCCCACCAGAAGAUUUGCAGUGUAGUUAGGAUUCCUUAUUUCUGACCACUUUGUCUCCACCAGUCUUUUUUCAAAUCAUUCAACUCCCACACCAAUCUUCCUUUUGCAUUCUCUUUCAUUCCCUCCCGUGCAGCCUUUUGCCUUUCAUUGGAAGUUAGGAUAAAAAUGUGCUCCGAACACUGGGGAGGGGGUGGUGGAUUUGCAUCUCAAGUAAAGAGUAGACUGAGAAACAAUGAUUUUAUAACUUCCAUGUGAGUUUGCAGCUGUUUGAGGUUUUUCAGCAUUUGAUGGUUCUUUAUGCAUUGUCCUCAUGUUAUCUUCACUUAGAAUGUAGCUGUUUGCUUGAGAAAAAAAGAACAGGUGUAUCUGUUUCUCUUCCUCUUUCUUAACAAGAUUACGGUAGGAUUCUUUUUCUUGCCACAAAAUGGUUAAUUAAGUAGGUUUUGUGUAAUAUUGAUAGCCAUCCAAGGCUCUAAUGUUUAUACGCACUUUUUUUUUUAUAUGUUAGAGUUCCAUUCUCCCCAGUCCCUACAACAUAUCCAUAUAUUGUAUAUUCAAUCUACUACUCUUGCUUCCUCCAAAUGUAAGGGAAAUUAGAGGUGACCCCCCCCCAACACCUACAGAAUCAGAUUACUGGUAGGAUAAGAACUUUGUAUCACAAGUUCUCCAAACACCAAUUUACAUCACUAGGAUGACGCUACCUGCUGUCCCUGCUCUUAGGGGAGAGAGAUUAAGGACCCCUGCACUCCAGAGAUUUGGACAAAAGGAGUAACCUUCUUUCAUGGCAGCAGAAAGAGCACUGUGCCCUGGCUUCUCUGAGGAGAAUGGGGUUCAUGGAAGUGGCAGAUAAAAAGGUAUUUCCUUACUGUGCUUCUAUUUUUGAAGUCCAGUUGAUGCUGGGAGACAGCAGCCAUACUGGAUGUUGUACUCUUCAGUUGAAACAAUGUUUGAUUUCCCUGUAUAUGAAUAACUUCCUUAACUUUUAUAAUUCUGAGAAGCAAAACCACUUACAAUGCCUCAGCCAAACCCAUUUUUCCAGUCAGUCUAUUUCGAUGGCAAGGAGGAGAAUCCUUUGAAAUCCCCAAGUAAACUACUGAUGCUGACAGUCAUGUAGCUUGGGAGUGGGAAGAUUCUCUUUUGUUGACGUUCUCCUUUUCAGCAGUAAAAUAGCUGAGGGGGAGGUGGCAGGAUGGGGGUACCUCUGGUUGUUUCACAGUUGCUGAAAGAUGAGUCCCCAGAUCUUGGGAGCUCUUGGAGGCUUCCAUAUAGCCAUGGGAUUCCUAUCACCUGUAGACAGUGAGUUGUUUGAUGUUUAACCCACAUGGAUUUAUAUAUAUAUAUACCUAAGUAAACUCACUGUAAAGAUAGUUGCUCUUUCAUUCAGAUAAAUUUUUUCUUCAUCUGGGCACUAAAGGGAUAGAUAAAACAAUGUUAACAUUUUGGGAAAUGCCUUCAACUAGGUAUCAAUUUUGUUUAACUUCUUACAGGAAAGCUUGAGUCAAAUAAAUAUUAAUUGUCUUUUUGUAUGUCACCCAAAUGUUUUCCUUUUGUCUGAUUUUGGGGAAAGUGUUUUAAGUAGUGGGUGGUGGAAAAAAUUGGAGUUAAAAGAAUAAACAUUAUGAAAGAAUUCCAAGGCAGCUAUUUCACCUUAUUUCAUAAUCAUUUGUCAUCAGCUUUCCUGCUGUUCUGUUGUGCAUACAUUUACUAAUAAAAACAUGCAUAUGUUUAGUUUAA